AUGUUGGCGAGUCCCUCCUCUUUGGCGCUCAUCGAAGAAAAAGACAACUCAGAAGACAUUUCAGAUGACGUCGUGGAGAAUGACGUGGCUUCUGAAGUCAUCGAGACUCCAGAAGUCAUUCCGAUCGACGUGACGACUCCAGAAUCUCUUGAAGUCGCCAAACGACUCGCCGCCGACGCUCAUCUCAUCACGUGUCCAUACAAUUUGGAACAUAAAGUUUCAAUCGACGAUUUCAACGUUCACAUCACGAAAUGUCGAUCCGAAAAAAUGAAAUUCUACCCGCAUUCACUCAAAUUGCAAAGAUGUGCCUAUAACAUGCGUCAUCUCCUUCCAGAAGAGGAGCUUCCAUUCCACGAGAUAUUCUGUAAGACUCAACAAUCAGAUAUCCUCGCUCAACUCGCCGUCCCACCGAUUUAUCUGGACGUCGAGGAGUAUCUGGCAGCUCAGAAAUUGAUGAAGCAAUACGAGAAGGAGGACGUCGGAAGGGAUUCAGAUGACUCCGGAGAGGAUUCAGAUGAGGAAAAGUGUGUGUCAGUGACGUCAGAAGUGGAGUCGUCGGUAGUUGAUGAGGUGGAUGAUGUGGAAGUGACGAUGAACAGAUUGGAGUAUUUGGAGAUGAAGAAUUACGAUUUGAUUGAUUAA